AUGGAAGGGCUUGAUAGAGAAAAGCUAGAAGUUGUAGCCAUACAGAUGAGGAAGGUUUGGCUAAGAAGAAAUAUUUUCGUGUUUGAAAACAGACUCUCAUGCCCAAACAAACUGCUCUUAUCAACUGCAGAGGUACUGGAGGAGUUUAAGCAGGCUAACAGAUGGAAAAAUGCAGGGAUUCAACCAAGGACUAGGCCAGUUCAUAAUGCAGUCUGGAUUAGGCCUACAGAAGACUUUGUAAAGGUGAAUUGGGAUGCCUCCUUUGAUAUCAAGAGGGGGAAUAUGAGAAUGGGGGUGAUAAUGAGAGAUGUUAAUGGAGAGGCUUUGCUUGCAGCAUGUGACAGAAAGUUCAAUGUACAAUCAGCAGAAGUGGCAGAAUGCUAUGCUCUUUGGAAGGCUCUGAAGGGGUGCAGCGAUUUGAAUGUGCAGAAGGUGAUUUUUGAAGGAGAUGCUAAAGGAGUCAUAACAGCUGUGCAGAGUGAAGAAGACAAUCUGUCUGUCAUAGGUCCCUUAGUUGAUGACAUUAGGGAUGUUCUAAGUAAUAGGAAAGGGUGGAGUUUACAAUUUGCUUAUAGAGAAAGGAACAAAGUUGCACAUAAUUUGGUAAAAUUUGCUUUAAUUUUAGAAGAGGAAAAAAUUUGGAUAGAGGAGAUACCAGAUUGCAUUAUUCAUAGUCUGGAUAUGGAAAGGAGAUGUAAGAAUUUGAAUUCAUAA